GGUUGCCAGCUUCGACUAAUGCAAAUGGGUUUUGACGCAAGUGGGUUACGGCGAAAGAAAUGAUGGUAUCUACUACUAGUUAUUACCAAAAAGGAAGAGCUGUCAACACCUAGCCCACUACCGCUAGUUGUUUCGCUUGGCCAUCAAACAGCAAGCUGCUAGAGUUUUUAUUGUGAGAAUGGGAAAUGAAUGCUCCGCCAUACGAGGUGGUAAUACAGAAGCUACAUUAUCAUCAUUGACCGGAACCAUAGCUUCCGCUACUAACUACGACGAUGAUGAAGAAUGCAAAUGGUCAUUCAAUCCAAACGGGCUGCAAACGGACGUCAUGACCAUUGCCGUGACGUCAACAAAUGUUGAAUGUGAUAAAGCAUCUUUCAAAAUACAUGGAAAUCAAUACUGUGACAAGACCAAUUCAUUUUGUUUAAUAUUUGACCGUGGAAACUGCAAUGGAAAUUACAAUCCGCACCAAUGCCAUAUUACAAAUAUUGAUUCAUUUCCUUCCAUUCAAUUUAGAGGCAAAGACGAUGCGAGAAACAAGGGAUUUUCUCUGACAUAUACUUUUACAAACUGUGAUAAACUGAAUGAACCGACAACAACUACAGCGUAUAUACCGACACCUACUUUUACUUCUACGGAAGAUGACUCGACAGCGCUUGGGACAUUCACUCAUUCUUUGACAAGCAUAAAACCGUUAAAUUUUACCUCACAAUAUUUUGAACACAACACCUCUGUUAUUACCUCACAACCUGAAACAACCAUUAGAAUUGAACCUUCAACGGCAGCAUCUACAGGAUCAACAAUUAUCGCAGGCCAAUUGAAUAUUAUUGUAAUACUGCUACCGAUACUGAUUGUCAUAUUUCUUCUUGCUUUUAUUCUACUCAUAGUUUUGUGUAUGAGACGAAGAAUGGCAAAGAAAUAUUUGAACAAUACACCUCAUUUGACCACCACCAUAGGCGAGGAUUAUGUCGCAGCAGAUGACAUCAUAAAUGGUCAACGCAACACUACAAUGAAUUUUGACCAAUCCUAUGAAACUAUUCCGCAAGGGAGAUCACAACCAGACAUAGUUCCGAUAUAUUCUGUAGUGGAGAAAUCUCCUGGCGCCGUGGAUUCGAGUCAAAGUUACGAAACAGUAACUUUCCCGAAUAGGGAUGUUGAAGGAAACAAUCUCACAUUCAAAAAUAUGCAGAACCAUGUCUCUCGGCCGACUGCGGUGUAUUCUGUCGUACGCAAGAAACCAAAAUCUUCAGGCCGCAAUAUUAUCAUCAGUAGCCACAUACCGAAUACCAUUGUAGAGUCCAACAACGAAAAUCAAUACGUAGCUGCCGGCGACGUCUUAGAUAAGUCAGCCGAGCAGUCUUAUGAAGAAGUUGCCAUCGGAACGUCUCGAGAAAAUCACUCAGCAUUCGACAAACCUGAAUUGUAUUCUGUUGUCACUCCCAUGCCAACCCACUCGAAUAAAAAAAAUGCUAUAGACGAGGAAGGAGUCACAUACGACAAUCCAUCGUUCAUGGAGGAUGAGUACAAGAGUAUCGAUGGUGGUAACACAGAUAAUUUUUCAGAUCCUGUAUAUAAUAGAUUAUCCAGAUGUUGAUUAUAUUUUUUCCAGAUGCUUAUUUUUAAUAGUGAAAUAAUUUGGGAACUAAUUUUAUUUACACUAUACUAGGGCUGAGCAUUUCGAAUCGAAUGGGAAAUUGUUCGAAUAGAUUAACAUGCAUAUUUCGAAUCGCCGACAUUUUUUGUCCGCCAGAGGUCGAGGUGGAUUUCUCAUUUUUUUUCUUAUUGAAGCCCUAUUUUUACAAUGCACUGGCAUAUGAAUCUUUUCUUCCAGUGAGUUGUUAAUGGAACAUUUCCGUUUAUGUGUGGACUCUUAACGAAUUGCCUGAGUAAAGUAUAUUUACUAUAUUUUGGGUAAUGUGUCUGGGGCACCCAUUACAAUAAAAAGUAACGUACAAUUACACAUCUUCCUACACACAAGUAUUCGAGAUUUGAAAAUAUUAUUCCAUUUGAUUUUGAAAUCAAGGUAUUAAGGUCGAAAAUGCCUAACUCCACAAGAUACAGAGUUUAUUGUAAAUAAAUACAUCUUUGAGCGCUGAGCGCAUAUCAGACCUUUUAUUGUUCCCAACAUUUGCAGUUGUUUCAUUUGAUCGUCGAGAUGUCUGCGAUUUUAUUAUUAAAAAUAUGCACUUCAUCUUGUUGUAUGCAGUGGCGUAUCUGGGGUAUGGCAGCCAUGCCUCGUGCCACGGACGCCGUUUGGAUUGGGACGCAAAACGAGCGAAACGUUUUCAUCGUCAAAUGUUUCAAUAAAAUAAUUUCGAUUUGGAAAUAAUUGAAAUUUGUAUUUUUACCUAAGUAAUAAAUCUUCUCAAGUUAACAGC